AAAAAACAAGAGAGAGAAGAAGAAAAGGACUCCGACUCUCUGCGCUCAGUGUGCUGAACCAUGUCCCGGGACAACGGAGUCUACGAGGGGACUCCAUCGCAUGGACAGUAAAGAGACGUUCCACCGGAGACCAGAGGACGCAUAGCAGCUUCAGGAGACAAAGAGACACACAGACAUGAGUCCUGAGACCUGCAGCUCGCUGAAGACUCGACCCACAACACACAACAACUGAAGGACACACACACACAGAGGGUUGACAUUCCUUCCUUAACGUGUCCUCGGGAGGGGGGGGAAGCGGAGCACCAGCAGCUCUCCAUCGAGCCAUUGGUCCACCCAUCUAGCCAUGCCGGGGCAGACGUGGAGCCUGUGCACCCUGCUGUGGCUCUCGCUGUGGGGGGUCAGUUACUGCAGAAGCUCCAGGGAAGCCCAGACGACCAAAGGGCCUCCUCUCAUCAGGAAUAAGAGAGCCCCCAUCGACCCGGAUGCAAAGAAGUGCUCCUACACCUUCCUCGUACCAGAGCACAAAAUCACAGGUCCAAUCUGUGCCAGCAGCACAGGCCCAGAGCCCGACAAGGACAGAGUGACCCGUAUCGACAUUGCAGAUGUGCGGGAGGUGAUCAGCAAACAGCGGCGUGAGAUUGAGACGCUGCAGCUGGUGGUGGAUGUGGACGGUAACUUGGUGAAUGAGAUGAAGCUGCUGCGCAAAGAGAGCAGGAACAUGAACUCCAGGGUGACCCAGCUCUACAUGCAGCUGCUACAUGAGAUCAUCAGAAAGAGGGACAACUCUCUGGAGCUGGCCCAGCUGGAGAACCGCGUCCUCAACGUGACCUCGGAGAUGAUGCGACUGGCCUCCAGGUACAAGGAGCUGGAGGCCCGGUUCUCCACGAUGGCCGGGGUGGUUAACAACCAGUCCGUCCUCAUCUCAGCGCUGGAGGAUCAGUGUCUGCGGAGGCUGGGGCACGGCGAGCUGCCAGUGGCUCCUCCGCUGGUUCAGGUGGUACCACAGAAGCUUCCGGUUAACCACCGCUUCACCAACGAGAUCCAGAGGGACCACAACAACCGGGCCUUUCCGAGAGGGCCGCGCAUGGAUUCUCCAACUGCAAGCCCCUUUGGGACCGACCCUCCCGCUCCGCAGGGAACCCUCACCCCUGAUGGUCCCUACAGAGACUGCUUCCAGGUGCGACAGGCCGGCCACACCACCAGCGGGAUGUACCUGCUGAGGACCACCGGCAGCGACCGCUUGAUCCAGGCCUGGUGCGAGCACGGCCUGGACAACGGGGGCUGGACUGUGCUGCAGAGGAGGAGGGACGGGUCAGUCAACUUCUUUCGGAACUGGGAGAACUACAAGAGGGGCUUUGGGAACAUUGACGGAGAGCACUGGCUGGGCCUGGAGAACAUCUACAACCUGGGGAGACAGGGGGACUACAAGCUGAUGGUGGAGCUGGAGGACUGGACCGGGAAGAAGGUCUACGCCGAGUACAGCAGCUUCCACCUGGAGGCCGAGAGCGAGGGCUACCGGCUCAGGCUUGGCAGUUACCAGGGCAACGCCGGGGACUCCUUCAGCAGCCACAACGGCAAGCAGUUCACCACGCUGGACCGGGACAAGGACGCCUUCUCUGGUAACUGCGCCCACUUCCAUAAAGGUGGCUGGUGGUAUAACGCCUGUGGCCAGACCAACCUGAACGGCGUGUGGUACAGCGGGGGGGUGUACCGCAGCAAGUUCCAGGACGGAAUCUUCUGGGCCGAGUACGGAGGAGGAUUCUACUCCCUCAAGACCACCCGCCUCAUGAUCCGACCCAUCGACUGAGGCCUCCGCUAUCGACCCACAAAGACUUCCACAGGGCCUUGAGAGUGAGAGUGGAACCAGCUCCUGUGUCCCUCCCCCUGUCGUAUUUUACUCACUCUAAGAUGUAAUAAAAGGGGAAAUGAUUGUUAACCAAACACAGGAGAUUCCCUGAGAGCAGCGACCAGUGACUUCGGCCCAUAACGAGUACUAGACGAAUGUUUAAACAGAGCAGGAAAUCUGUAGGACAGGACUCUGCAAAGCCAGGGUGGGGUGGGGGUUCUGGUCCAGCAUGGAUUUGGUCUGUAAAUAUCUUGGCUUGGUUUGUAAAAGGUCAUUUAAUGUUUGCGUUGUUUCACUCUGCCUUACUAUGUUAUUUAUCAGUGUAUUUAUAGUAAUAUAGUCAUUUUAUAUCCAUUCCGGUACCAGAACUAUUCUUAAUACGGUUAUAUGUUUAGUUUUCCUUUGUGUACAGAUACAGUGAUGACACAAACAGAAAAACACACACACACACACAUUUUUCUAAUUAAAUUCUUCUGUUACAAUUGAA